UCCUAUUCGCACCCAUUACUAUAAGGCUGCUGCCUCUCCCCUCUCGGCCAUGGCCGCGCAGCCCAUGGAAGCUGAAGGCAGCAAGAUGCAGCGGCUGUAUGAUGCCUGUGACAUGGUCUUCUCCUCCGGGAGGGCAGGACUUCCCACUCCGAGGCAGCUCGGAUGGCUCCAAGGCAUCCUUGAUGCCAUGGAACCGGCCGACGUGGGAAUCGAUGGUUCAUCCGGGGAUGAGAGCACGAGCUGUGUCGCCAUUGAUGGAUCUGGGGAUGAGGCUGUGGAUUCUGCAAGCGACGGAUCUGGAGAUGAAAGAUCACGAGCGUCGACGACGUCAGACGAAACAUCAGAAGGAAGCGUUUCGAGUGGGAGAAGCGGCGGCGGCGGCCAUGGACUGAUCUUGGGGCACGCGAUAAAGCAGAUAACGUACAUACACAUCCAUGAAUGCGAGGACUUCUCGAUAGGAGUGUUCUGCUUCCCAGCUGGUGCAAGGCUGCCUCUGCAUGAUCAUCCGAGGAUGGUCGUCCUCACCAAAGUGUUGUAUGGUUCCAUAGCACUCAAGUCCUAUGACUGGGUCACCACCCCAAUCUCCAACCCUAAAAGAAGUGGGUUAGCAAAGGUUGUAGCUGAUGAUUCUGUCCUCCAAGCCUCAUCCAAGGCAUCAGUUUUGUUCCCAAGGAGUGGUGGCAACAUACAUUCUCUGAUUGCCUUGACUCCUUGUGCCAUACUGGAUGUCUUGGCUCCACCAUACUCGGAGGAGCAAGGAAGGCCAUCAACCUACUACGUUGACAUCCCCAUACCUCCUCUUCCCGGAUUUGUGGUGCUGGAGGAGAUAGACACGCCCGACGAUCUCCGUGUCGCCGGAGCUCCAUACCUCGGCCCUGAGCUCCUCUUCGACUUGGAUUCCUGCUGACAGAUACCGAGUGUUUUGUACAGAGGAAAUCUAACUCCACUGUGUAUAGAUUGACAUUUUGAGAAUGAGGUCGAAACAUGAGGUUGGAUACUGGAAGUGUUGUGGCUAAGUAAACCUCAGAUAUUUCUUCCUGUUCUUUAGACCCCGCAGUUCCUUCCACCGGUAGCGUGCUUCAGAUCGAGAAAGCAUGAGCUUUGCAUGGAGUUCUUUGGCACGCUUCAUGGCUUUAAUUUGAUCAAAUACACAUCAAAUGACAAGACCGAAUGUUUGUUUUCUGCCAACCAAAUCAACAUCAAACUGUUUCCCAUGCAAAUUCAAUCUCUGCAUGCAACAACAACAACAACAAGAAUCUUAGUUCUUUGUAAGUCAAUUUCUCAGGUAAUAUCAAAAGCAUUCAAUUUAUUAUAAUUCUUUGAUGUAAUCUUCAAAUGUCUCAAUAAUAUCCAUAAUAUGGUAAAUGACAAAUAA